AUGCCUCUCCAGCAGGGAAAAGACCAACCCUCAUCUACUCGCAAAGAUAAAGGCUUUAAGCGACUCACGAAUGGUCAAGUCAUUGAGUUCCUAAGGACCCUCCCGGAGAAUCAUCCCUUUGCCGUCCCGGAAAACGACGAGAAGCGGAAGUUCCUUCGACAGCUUUAUGUGCCGCUUCGUGACUUAUUCAGUACCACCACAACUUCUUCUCGUGCAAAUCGUACCAGAGUGCUGGCAAUCAGUCAUCUUGAAGUACUUAAAAGUCUGCACGCUCGAUUCCCGGAUUUUGAGGCAGACCCUUUGGAGUUCUGGGAAAGACUUACUGAAGCACUGCCGCAAUACAGUGAAGAUGGGGCCGACAACAGAGCGAAAAUUUUCCUGGAGAGUGCGGUCCAGUUGGACACCAACAUCCAGGAGCAGCUCAUACUUCAAAGAUUUGUGUCUCUCGCCGCUUACAGGCUUUUCCAAAGAGCAAUUCCCACAUCAGGCACUCGCAUCAUGCCAGAAACCCUGAAGCGAUUUCUGAUUCACGUGGGCAUAUGGAGCUCCGAUUGUGGCGAUCAGGAUCUCUGCAAAUACGGAGAAAUCAUCAAACGCGGCCAAAGACACGAACGCUUCUGCCAGAUACUUAUGGCUAGUCAAUCAACCGAUGAGGAUACACCGGGCAAUAAUGCGAGACGCGAGACUGGGGUAAAAUGGGAAUAUGACAAUGAAACCUAUGGCCCUCUGUUCUUCUCCUCUAUUCCAGACACCAUCUGGGAUGAAAAGGGUCUCCUCGGAGAAGACUAUAAGAUCAGUAUAAAACAUCUUCGGCAAAUUAAAGUCCAGGAGAAGUCCAGAGAGGCAAAUGCCUCACAUAUGGCAAAAGUCCUGCUAGAUUUCCACACAGAGUUUGUCUGGGUCAACGAAGUAUCUCCCAGCUCGCCCAGGAAGAGGAGGGAAGGUGAACCGCGAAAAGCGGCAACCAGAGGAAAAAGACGAAGAGCUGAAUUUCUAGAACCCUCCUUCACAGCCGCUACUACUCACCAGCAGGAUGUCCGACCACCAGGAGAGCCCAUAAUCCAGCCUCGGCUCUCUGCAGAGCAAAUACGUGAGGGAUGUUGCCAGACCAACGUGGGACUUUAUUCGACCUCUACGUGGCGAGCCUCAGAGAUCAGACAUCCUGAUACAGGCCCAUCUCGUCUGCCUGGAAUCACGCAGCAUGAACGGGGGGCCACUGGCAUCGCGCCUGGUCGAGCUAGAUUGGAAGAUGAACAGUCGCGAUUCGACACACUAGUUUCGGCAGCAUGCUCCACAGACCCUGCUGAACAAUUACAGGAAGGGGCCGGCAGAGUGACUACUGCGGACUUCAUUCCGCCACUUGCACAAUCCCAAGAAACUCUCCUUGACAUUACAGCCCUUGAUUUCGUUGUUCCCUUGCUUGACGUGGCCGAUCUCGAAUUUGUUGACCCACAGUCAUCCAUGUUUGCACAGCUUCAUUCUUUCGAACAAGAUAUUUCCCUUGUCCCUAAUUGA